CUGGAAUGCAAAGAAUUCUUUUCGUCAAUUCCCGUCGUCAGUAGCCAUCGUAAAAUGGCCACUGCAGCGUCACCAACUCUAGCUCAACCAUCGCUAAGCCUCGAGAAAGACGUUAAUCGUGCGAUAGAGCUCUUGAAACACCUUCAAACUGAAGGCAGGCUUGACUUGCCGUUAGACAAAUUAGCGCAUCUGCAGAAGAUAUUGGAGAGCGAUUUCUUUCGUACCGUAAGAGAGGUGUACGAGCAUGUCCACGAGACGGUGGAUAUCUCCGGAACUCCAGAAGUCAGAGCUGCAGCCACUGCAAAGGCGACUGUCGCUGCGUUUGCUGCAAGCGAAGGCUAUACACACCCCCGAAUUAUUGAACUGCCCAAGACAGACGAAGGACUUGGCUUCAAUGUGAUGGGUGGCAAGGAACAGAACUGCCCUGUCUAUGUGUCACGAAUCAUUCCAAAUGGAGUGGCGGCGAGAGACAAUCAGUUGAAGCGAGGCGACAUACUGCUCUCUGUCAAUGGCAACUCUGUUGAAGGUGAGAGUCACGAGUAUGUUGUUGAACUGCUGAAGAAAGCCGAGGGACAAGUUCGUCUUGUUGUGAAGUAUUCAUCUAAAGUCCUUCAAGAAAUGGAUAAGCAGUUUGAGCGUCAGAAGCAGAUGUCGAUAGCUCGCAAACGGCAGCAAGAAUCAACCUCAUCGGCUUCGUAGUCUGUACUGCCCUUGUUAUUUGAUCAAGUGCUAGGCUCUUGCUAGACAUCUUUUUAGCUAUUGAAGGACGCAUUGGCUUCAUUUUGGUUUGUUUUUUUAUGGCGGAUACAUGUAAUGUAGUGAACGGCUUUUGUGCCGUGUGACUUCCUUGAGAGACAUCAUGGCAACUGGUUUGGCAUCCGUGUAUGGUGUUGUCGUUGUGUGUAUGUUUAUUGUGCACUGCAGAGUAGAGAAGGAAUUGUAACACCACCCAAUGCUUCCA